CAACAUUGGCUCUUGCUCUGCCGCCUCUCGAACCCAGUAAUCGAAACUUAUAAAGUUAGAGUGCGCAUUUUCAACUUGGAGCAUGUUUACAUGAUUCGGGCUUUCUGUUAGAUGAAAACAGAGGACUUACUUCAUACUGCUUUGCGCGUGUAAGUGUUUCUUUUAUGGAGACGAGCCUGGUAGACGUGUAGUCCAGUUCCCAGCAUCUUCAGCCUCCAGCUGGAUGAAGACCAGGAGCAUCCCGUGAGAGCCGCUGCCAUGGCAACCACACACAGAUCUCACAAGAGGCGAUAGUCAGACUCUCAGAUGUAACCAGGCUGCGGGAAAGAUCUUCAUCAGGAAAUCUACUGUGAUGUCGUCUGAGGAAGAGACUUCUCAGGCUUCGUCCUCCUCUACACCUCCCCCUUCAUCUUCCCCCCCAGCACCUUCCUCCCACUUCAUUGGAAAGAAGGACGAUAUUGUGAAGGCUGGGCGUGUGACCAAGCUGGUGAACGGAUGCAGAGAUGUGCUGGUCCUGUACCAUCAGGGACAGCUUCAUGCCAUGGACAUGCGCUGUUACCAUUCAGGGGGUACAUUACAGCAUGGGGACAUUGAGGAGUUUAAUGGGCGGCUGUGCAUUGUCUGCCCGUGGCACAAGUACAAGAUCACGCUUGCGGAGGGGGAAGGGCUUUAUCAAGCUGUGGAUGAUCCCACAGCCAGACCCCUCAGGACUCACUGGCGCUCCAAAGGUGUCAAACAGAGAAUCCACAAGAUCACAGAGGUUAACGGCGAUGUGUAUGUAACACUGAACGACUGCGCUGAAACCAUUGAGUCUGACACCUAUCAAACUGAGAGGUACAGGAGUGUCCCACUGAAAGCCCAGCCAAAACUCAAACUCAGCAUACAGCUGGAUAGUUAAAGAUACUUUGAUUAGACAAAUGAACAUACUUUUCAGCUUCAAGGACAUUUGAAGAGACUUUUUUUUGUAGUGAAAGUUCAAAUGUUUGCAAAAACAACUAGUUUUGCAAAAAAAAAAAAGGUGUUACAAACACCAAAAAUAUCAUCUUUAAACCAGGAAUAAGGAGUGAAAAAGCUUUGUAAAAAUGUAUGAAUGAUUUAAGGGACUGAUUUCGUUAAAGAAAUAUUUGAUUGAAGGGAUACUGUUUCUCUAGUUUUAAAUUUUUUUGGUGCAUUUCAGGCAACAUUUACUUUGAUCUGUCAGAUAUACUCUUUCAUGUGGAACUUCUCUCAUGCACAAUAAGUAAAUUGUUUUAUAAAAACUUAUAAAAACAAUCUAUUGAAUAUUAUACACUGAACAUAAGUUGUUGCAUUUAAAAUGUUACCAUUAAAACAUUUGAUCACCCUUUGAAUAUGAUCAGUUGUGAAGGAUUAGAUUGUCUAGUGAUAGAAACUAGUCAAAACACCCCAUGGCAUCAAGCUACAACAAGUAUUUGUCAUUGGUCUUCAAAGUUUUUUUUCUGAGUUUCCUUCAGAUUAUCUGAACAUUUGAAUUAUUUUUUAUAAAUAGAUUUUUAAAAAAAUCCUAUGAAUCUUGUGCAGUUACAUCCAAGAGACCCAACCUCUCUGAUGUAUAUUUAUGAUUUACACAAUAUUUAGAGUCAUAUUGCUUUUUGUGAUGACUGUUGUUGGCCACAUUUGAAAAUGUCUA